AUGCCGAAGAAGGGAGGCGAGAUUAUCUUCACCAGUUUAGGCGCCAUGUUACUUAACACUCGUUGCGGGGGCAUCGACUACGUGACACUGGAUGAAAUCUCAAAACUCUUCAAGAGCGCCAUCGGAAAUAAGGAUCAACAAACAGCGUUCAUAGUCAAGGGUAGCGCGGACUGUCUCACGCUACACCGUAGCGGCAACGAAAAGCCCGUCAUCAAGUUGCCCUACGAUGGAGUUGUUCAAUUGAAGCGCGAUGAUGCCAUGAAGGGUUUGAUAUUUUUACAGUACACCAAGAAGGAUAAUUCCAGUCUCUUCGUUCUCAUGCUUUCUGACCCCUCCACGGUGACAGCCCUGGAGGAGCUGAUUCACAAGAAGAACAAAUCAGCCAUCUUGUGGAGUCAAACUUGUGAGGACUAG